AUGAAAUUUCUUCUCACAACACUGAAGAUGGUGUAUGUCCUUAACAUUCCAAAAUCGGAAGAAAAAGAAGAUGAAAUAAUUGCUGAAACUAGAGAGAGACAAAAGUGGGACAAUGAUGAUUAUAUAUGCAUGGGACACAUCCUCAACGGUAUGUGCGAUUCGUUGUUCGACAUUUAUCAGAGCAGUAACUCCGCAAAAGAGUUAUGGGAGAAAUUGGAAUCAAGAUACAUGCAAGAGGACGCUACAAGUAAGAAGUUUCUUGUUUCUCAAUUUAAUAAUUAUAAAAUGAUAGAUGGUAGGUCUGUUAUGGAACAAAUGCAUGAAAUUAAACGUAUUCUCAAUAAUUACAAACAACAUAAUAUGCACAUGGAUGAAACUAUAAUUGUAUCCUCCAUAAUAGAUAAACUUCCUCCUUCUUGGAAAGAUUUUAAAAGAACCAUGAAGCAUAAGAAGGAGGAUAUUUCUCUUGAACAAUUGGGUAAUCACCUUCGUUUAGAAGAAGAGUAUCGAAAACAAGAUGAUACUAAAAGCCAAUUUACUCAAGAGAAGAUCCAUGUGAUGGAGGAAGGAAAUUCAAGCAAACAUUCCAAUAAAAGAAAAUGA